CUGGGUGGUAGGCAGACGGAGAGAAAGGAGUGUUGAGUAGAGCACAAAGUAGAGGAAAGCAGGAGCAGUGCAACACUGUUAGAAAAUAUUCAACAAUUCCGGAUUGGACCAGAGAGUCAUGAUGAAGCUGUUUUGCCUGUUGCUGCUGCUUGCUAGUUCAAUUGCUGCCAUCCCUCUGGAGUUCUCAGGUAGAGAAGUGUACCCCACCGUGCCCUCCCAUGCCCUUACUACAGCACUAAGCCCAACCGAGGCAAAGUCCCGGUUUGCCAUGCUGGAUGACGUUCGUCUACUCGCAAACGGCCUUCUUCAGCUAGGCCAGAGUUUACGGGAGUUUGUCCACAAGACCAAGGGCCAAAUCAACGAAAUCUUCCAAAAGUUGAACAUUUUCGACCGCUCUUUCUACCAGCUCUCAGUGGUCACGUCUGAGAUCAAGGAGGAAGAGGAGGAACUGAAGAAGACCACCAGUUUCUUGAAGACCAACAACGAGGAGAUCAAGAACCUAUCGCUGGAAAUCAACACUAAGAUCAACGGCAUCCUCCAGGAGCGUAUACAGCUGCAGAGCAAGGUGGGGAACCUUGAGGAGCGGCUGCAGGGACUGUCACAGAGCCUUAUCCCUGCUGAUCAGCUUAGUGAAAUCACCACGCUUAAGGAAGUGAUUGAUUCUCAAGAGAAAACAAUUAACAAACUGCUGAAAGCUGUGAAAGAGCAGCAUGAUCAGCUUGACAACCAGAAAAACAAGAUUAAAAACCUGGAGGAAAAGCUAAACUAUGACAGCUUUCAAGAUACAGUUGAUAAGCCAAUGGAUUCAGACCCUGCAGCUCCUGAUAUGUUUGAAUAUCUGACAGGGAACUCAACUGACCUAGAUGUGAAUGACCUACCCAAGGACUGCAGCGAGUUGUUUACCAAAGGAGAGACAGACAGUGGAAUCUAUGUUGUCAAGCCAAACCAAUCUGAGCCGUUCAACGUUUACUGUGAAAUGGGUUCAGAUGGGGGUUCAACUGUUAUCCAACGCAGGAUCGAUGAUUCAGUGGAUUUUGACCAGACAUGGGACAAGUACGAGAAAGGCUUUGGAGAUCUGGAAAAGGACUUCUGGUUGGGCCUAAAGAAGAUCCACAGCUUUACACAGCAGGGAGUUUACAUCCUGCGUGUUGAUUUGGAGGACUGGAAGGAGGGAAAGCACUGGGCUGAAUACCGCUUCUCACUGGAGGGUCCCUUCAAGGGCUACAGCCUUCAAGUCAGCAAUUUCUCUGGUGACCUGCCUGAUUCUAUGGCCAAAAGCACCGGCAUGAGAUUCUCCACAACAGACAGAAAUAAUGACAACCAUCAAAACUCCAACUGCACUCGCAGUUACACAGGUGGUUGGUGGUUCAAUGCUUGCAGAGAGACCAACCUUAAUGGACGUUUUUUGUGGUUGAGGGCAAAAGGACGCUCUAUAAGAAGGAAGGGCAUUAACUGGAAGCCUGGCACAGGGCCCUCUUUUUCCCUCAAGAUGACCAAGCUCAGCUUACGACCGGCCCUUACUGCUGCAAGCUUCAACUGAACCGCACAAGUCAUACCUUUUCUUACAACACUGCUGGCAUUUUUCACAAGCAUUGAUCAAAUCUAAUACUUAGACAAAAAGUUCUAUAGAAUUUGAAAGUGAAGUAACAGACAAAUUCCUGCACUAUUUAACGGAUUGCUUCCUAAUAGCAGUUUAUCAAAGGAUAAAUGUCAAAAGUCAGAAAAUGCUGACCCGUCUCAAUGAUGCAACCAUGCCACGCAGGUCAUUACCCUAUUGGGUGUGAUCCAGUAACGACAGUAGAAUUGUUAUUAUGCAACAUCUGCAAUCGCUUGCAAAAUUGACAUAUUGAUCCACAUCAGCAACCCGAUUCAGUGCCGGCUGCAAAAUGCCACAGUACUACAGAAGGAAAGAAAACUAUGAGGAGAGAUGGCGAAGCAAUUCUAAGAACUGAGAUUGCUUGGCUAUCUUUUCAGUGAACCUAAAUGUAUUUAACUGAGUUAUUUAAAAAGUAUAUUAUCCUUGUAAUGUGAAACUGUUGCAUGUUCCCAGGAGCUACAGACACAAUUACCGACCAGUUAUUGCAUAAGGCAUGCAAAAAUAUGUAAGUCAAUGCUCAAGAGAAACACUGCAUCUCCAACAUCUCAAAAACUGUCCAUACUUGUAUUUAUUUUCUAAUGAAAGUAUUGUCAUUUGAGUCCUGGUAUUUUACACUGCUUCAUCCCUAGCUUUGUGGAAAACAAUCUACUCAGUGGGGGCACUUUCAGCAGUCAAAUACAGUCCAACAGUACAGCAUUUGGAGAUACAAAGCUUUGGCAGCACACUGAUGAGGUUUUUUGAUGUUUGUUCUGUAUUUUUUUUUUACUCUGUAAAGUAUUUAAACCAUGUUCAUGCGAUUAUAUUCUUUAAGCUUUAAGGUAUUGUUAGAAAAACAUAAUUUCCAUAUAUUUCCUAUGUUAUCGAGUCAUAUUGACUCUUGUCCAUUCUUACAACAUAACUAACUGUACUGUAAAUGUUCCUCACACUAACACGUCCUCAUAUUUAUGAAGACAAAAUAAAAAUCUUGACU